AUGUCUGGUCGCGGAAAGGGUGGUAAAGGUUUGGGGAAGGGGGGAGCCAAGAGGCAUCGUAAAGUCCUUCGAGAUAAUAUCCAAGGUAUUACCAAGCCUGCCAUCCGUCGCCUGGCUCGUCGGGGAGGCGUCAAGCGCAUCUCGGGGUUGAUCUAUGAAGAAACACGCGGCGUGCUGAAGGUUUUCCUGGAGAACGUGAUCCGAGAUGCUGUGACCUACACCGAGCACGCCAAGAGGAAGACAGUGACUGCUAUGGACGUCGUCUACGCUCUCAAGCGGCAGGGGCGCACCCUGGCCACCUACUUGCACCUGGAAAGAGCUGGCUCCUGGUUUGCUGCGGAAAUGGCAAGAACGAAGCAGACAGCUCGUAAGUCCACCGGCGGGAAAGCGCCCCGCAAGCAGCUGGCCACCAAAGCGGCGCGCAAGAGCGCCCCGGCGACGGGCGGCGUGAAGAAGCCGCACCGCUACCGCCCGGGCACCGUGGCGCUGCGAGAAAUCCGGCGCUACCAGAAGUCCACCGAGCUGCUGAUCCGCAAGCUGCCUUUCCAGCGCCUGGUGCGCGAGAUCGCGCAGGACUUCAAGACCGACCUGCGCUUCCAGAGCUCGGCCGUCAUGGCCCUGCAGGAGGCCAGCGAAGCCUACCUGGUGGGGCUCUUCGAGGACACCAACCUGUGCGCCAUCCACGCCAAGCGCGUCACCAUCAUGCCCAAGGACAUCCAGCUCGCCAGGCGCAUCCGCGGGGAGAGGGCUUAA